AUGGCGGAAAUUCUUUUUGUGUUAGUGCCAAAGCUUCUCUGUGCUGUGCUCUGCUUCUGGCGCUUCGGUCUGUGUUUUGAUGUUGCUGAGCGUGAAUCGGCGCAGCAUCUGAGGAGCUGGCGCCGGCUCACCGGUCACCACAUUCCGUUCACGUUCAACGAUGUUGAGCAGUUUGCGCUCUUCUACAUUGCGCUGUGGGCGUGCGGGAAGCUGGCCGAGGCGCUGUGGCUGCCUAGCCUGGCCGGCGAGCUCCUCUGCGGGAUGGUGCUCGGCCCGCGCCUCUCCUCCUUCGUGCCGAAGCCCGACGCGGUCAUGAUGAUCGGCCAGGUCGGCCUCGUCCUGGAGAUGGUCGACCUCGACAUGCUCGUCGCGUACGGGCCGCGCCUCGCCACCGCAGUCGGCCUCUCGGCCGAAGCAGCGUACGUCGUCGCCAUCGCGGCGAUGCCAACCGCCGUCGGCGUGGCGACCAAGGUGAUGAACAUGGGGCAUGUGCUCAACACGCCCCUCGGCCAGCUCGUCCUGCUCGCCGCAGAGCGUACAGGCCAGCUUGUCCUGCUCGCCACUGUUGUCGACGACAUCAUCGCCUUCAUCAACCUCGGCGAGCUCAAGGCGCUCGCCGACCCCUGCGCCGCACCUCGGGGGCGUGUGCUCUCGUCGGUCCUCCUGCUGGCGGGGGUCGGCUGGCUCGCGGUGGACGUUGUGCCGCGCCUCGUCGAGUCGAAGCUGCUGCCGCGCGUGCAGCAGCGCCACCACGACGUCGUCCUCACCUCGCUGCUCUGCGCGAUGGCGGUCGGCCUGAUGGCGGUCUGCCACCGGACGAAGACCUUCCCCCUCCUCGGCGCCUUCCUCGCCGGCCUCUCCUUUUGCAGCAUCGCCCCAGUCCACCACGUGUGGGCGCACCAAGUCAAGCGCAUCCAGUACUCGCUCCUCCGACUCUUCUACGGCGCCACCAUCGCCUUCGAGGUGCCCGUUGCCACGAUGUGGACGGGCAGGAUUAUCGGCCGCGGCGCCCUCUUCUUCCUCGCCAUCGCCGGCAAGCCGCCGCCACUGCCUCCUCUCCUCCGCCAGAUUCACUUGGCGCCACUGGUUGGAGCAGGCGAGAUCUCGCUGCUCGCUGGCUUCCAGGGCCUGGUCGACAACGCCAUCGACGAGGACCACCGACUGAUGAGAGUCGACAACGUCAUCGACGAGGACACCUUCGGAUCGAUCGUCUUCGCGGUCCUGCUCUCGGUCUUCGUCGGCCCGUGGGCGCUGCGCUGGCGCCUGUGGCACGACCGCAAGGCGGACCGGGCGCGGAACUGGGCCAUCGAGAAGGAGCUCGCCGUGGAGGACGAGGAGGGAGGGGGCGACACGCGGUACCCGCACUUCGUCUACUACACGCUCGACAUCUCGUGCGCGGCAAAGUUCGGCCUCCUGUCGAAGCUGGUCAACGUGGCCGUCGAACACGACCUCGAGGUGAUCGACUUCCGCGUGCACGGUGCGCACGUCAAGGGCGGGCACGACGUCGUCUACGAGUUUUACCUCAAGGACGCCCUGCUCCUCGCGCACAUCGACGACGCCUACCGCGAGCGGUCGGGCACGGCCAUGAGCACCCCCACGCCGACCACGCUCGACGUGCUCGACACGGCGCGCGAGCGAGCGCACAGCUUCCUCGGGCUCGGACACAACGGCCGCCCGCCCCCAUGCCCCCGGGCCCACUGCUCGAAUGGCCCACUCACAAGAGCCGCCUGCUUCCUCGUGUGCAUAGGCCGCCCCGCCUCCUUCCCCGAGCCGAGCCCCAACGGGCGGCACGCGGCCCUGAUGCUGGACCGAGUACACAGCCGCGUCUCGCGCGCGAGGGCACACGCGGCGAUUGGCCACCCGUCCCCCUCAGCCACGCAGCUGGCGCUGACUUCGGGGUGCUCGGAGGAGGAGGGCAAGGCAGAAGGCGCGGCAGGAGGCGCGGCCGCAGCAGGACAGACCCGCGCCAGCCGCGACUGCGAGGGCUCGCGAGGCGUUGCUUCGGCUGGGUCGGCCGCUUCCGCCGCCGCUUCCGCGGCCGGCGUGGUGCGGAAAUCGCUCGGAGCCCUGUGGGCGGCGCGGCACACCGUGGCAAGGGCUCCGGCGCCGGACGGGAAGCCGCACGUGAUCAGCGACGAGGAGAUCGCGACGCGGAUCAGCGACUUGCGCGCGGCGUUCCUCACUCAGCUCGGCCACGACCCGCGCGCAUGCAGCGACGCCGCGGGGGGCGGGCCGGCCCACCCGGAGAAUGACGACGAGAUGGCGGAGCGGUUUGCAGAGCACGUGCUGCACCGCGUCCGCUUCGACCCGGCCGGGCAGCACGGCUACGCGGAGGAGCACCUCGACCUCGAGCGGCGCUCGCCGUCGCUGCACGCGUCGCCGCCCUCCAUUCUGCUCUCCGAGUCCCAGGGCAGCGGACUUGGCGAACCGACUCGUUCGCCCCAGCACCCGCCGCAGCAGUCUAGCUUUGUCGCCCGAGCUCGCCGAGCCAGCCGCGACAUGUUCAACAUCCUCCCGCCGCGGGCCUCUCGCGCCGGCGACUGGACGGCCGACGCAUAG